AUGGACUACGCACCGAUGCUCCCUGAUCUGACGCCUCGCGAUUCUCACAGUCUCUGGUAUACCUCCCGCCACACUCACUCCUCUCUUCUGCACCAGCUCAACGGUCACGACGAGUCGCCGACGGACGACAAUGGCAACCACAACAACGGCCAGCUGAACCGCCACGGCCAGCUGAACCGCCACGGCCAGCACCCCUCCGGCCAUGGCCGCGACCACCGCCGCGCGCUGGUGGAGCGCACCCCUCUCGCGCGCCUCCGCCUGGACGAGCAGAUCAUGGAACGCCGCCGCCAGAACGUAACCAACUUCGGCAGCGCGUGGCUGAAGCCACCAGGCGUGCCCAAGACGCUCUUCCAGAUGCGCGAGGAGCGGCGCGAGGCAGAGGAGCACGCAGAGGCCAUGCGGCGCGAGCAGGAGCUCGCCGCGCAGCUGGCCGAGGCGGAGGCGGACGCCGAGGGCGCGGACGACCUCGACGACGAGCCCAUGGCGGACGGGGCCGAGGGGGAACCGGACCUGGACGACGAGAUCCCCGAGGCCGAGGGCUUCGGGUUCGACGGGGACGACAGCGGGGAGGAGGAGAGCGCGCCAGAAGACGACGAGGAUGACGACGAGACGGACGAGGAGGUGGACCAGACGGAAAACAACGCCGGGCAGGUGCUGGUCAGCCCGGCGGAGCGGCGGGACAUGCAGGCGACCGAGGACCGGGUGCGCGAGGUGAUGGCCCAGGGCCAGGAGGGCGGCGGCCUCACCAUGCUCGACGACGACGCCGUCGACGCGGAGGACAGGGCGCAGAUGCUCGAAGAGGACGACCUCAUACACGACUACCACCAGGGCGGCGGCGGCGGCGGCGACCGGGGUGGCAUGGACAUGGACAUGGACGCCGACCUCGACGACGACAUCCCCGAGGCCGAAGGGCGUUACGAACACACCGACUCCGAGGCCGAACUCAGCGACGAGGGCACGAGGGACGUGUCCUUUGCCAGCGCGGGCCGCGCGCCGCAGCCCUCCCGGUUCAGGAGGAGUCUGCCCAGGAGCAGUGUUAGGGGCAGUCAGAGGGGCAGCCUGGCGCAGAGCGACAUAGACUUCAGUGGUCUCCUGUCGACGAAUGAGAGCAGCUACCUAGCAAGCAGCCCGCAGAUGAGGCGGAGGGGCUAA